AUGGCCAAGACCGAGCAGAAAGCCUGCCUCAUCGUGAUUGAUGGAUGGGGUAUCCCCUCUGAAGAAUCUCCCAAGGAAGGAGAUGCCAUCGCAGCCGCCGAGACCCCUUACAUGGACGAGUUCGCCCAAAAUCCUGCCGGCUAUGUUGAACUUGAAGCCUCGUCCCUAGCUGUCGGUCUUCCCGAGGGUCUCAUGGGUAACUCCGAGGUGGGCCACUUGAAUAUUGGCGCCGGCCGUGUCGUCUGGCAGGAUGUCGUCCGCAUUGACCAGACCAUUAAGAAGGGCGAGUUCAGCCAAAACCCCGUUAUCAAGGAAGCUUGCGAGUCCGCCAAAUCCGGCAAUGGAAGGCUCCACUUCUGCGGUCUUGUCUCUCACGGUGGCGUUCACACCAAGCAGACUCACCUCUAUGCUCUUCUAAAGGCGGCCAAGGAAUAUGAUGUUCCCGAGGUUUACAUUCACUUCUUUGGCGACGGUCGUGACACCGAUCCCAAGUCCGGUGCAGGCUACAUGAAGGAGCUCGUUGACACCAUGAAGGAAAUUGGCAUUGGUAAGAUUGCCACCAUUGUCGGCCGCUACUACGCCAUGGACCGCGAUAAGCGCUGGGAGAGAAUCGAGAUUGCCCUCAAGGGUCUCGUCCUUGGCGAGGGCGAUGAGGCCACCGACCCCGUCCAGGCCAUUGAAGACGCCUAUGCCAAGGGCGGCGACAACGGCCGCGAUGAGUUCCUCAAACCCAUCAUUCUCAAUGGCCAGGAGGCACGCAUCAAGGAUAACGACACCGUUUUCUUCUUCAACUACCGCUCGGAUCGUGUCCGGCAGAUCACUCAGAUCCUCGGCGACGUUGACCGAUCGGUGCUUCCCGACUUCCCUUACCCCAACAUCAACCUAAUCACCAUGACCCAGUACAAGGGUGACUACCCUUUCAAGAUUGCCUUUGAACCCCAGAAGAUGGACAACGUCCUGGCCGAGUGGCUCGGCAAACAGGGCGUGGAACAGGUACACAUCGCUGAAACUGAGAAGUAUGCGCACGUUACCUUCUUCUUCAAUGGUGGCGUUGAAAAGGUUUUCCCUCUGGAGACUCGCGACCAGAACCAGGAUCUCGUCCCUUCCAACAAGUCCGUAGCCACGUACGACAAGGCCCCGAAAUGA